GCGGGGAGGAGGAGGAGGGACCGAGGCGCAGGAAGCCGAGCAGGAAGCGAGCCCGGCGGCCGCGUUUUCCUGGGGAAGCGGCGGGCGGGGUGGCGCAGCCAGCGGGGUCCAGGAGCCGCCGUCACAGCCGCCUCCAUGGGGUGUUGAAAAAUCUCCUUUAGAGCUUUGGAAGGCUGAAUGGACUAAACAUGAAGAGCUUGAAAGCCAAGUUCAGGAAGAGUGAUACCAAUGAGUGGAACAAGAAUGAUGAUCGGCUGCUGCAGGCCGUGGAGAAUGGAGAUGUGGAGAAGGUGGCCUCACUGCUGGGCAAGAAGGGGGCCAGUGCCACCAAGCACGACAGCGAGGGCAAGACCGCUUUUCAUCUUGCUGCUACAAAAGGACAUGUGGAAUGCCUCAGGGUCAUGGUUACACAUGGCGUGGACGUGACAGCCCAAGAUACUGCCGGACACAGUGCUUUGCACCUUGCAGCCAAGAACAGCCACCAUGAAUGCAUCAGGAAGCUCCUGCAGUCUAAGUGCCCAGCUGAAAGUAUUGACAGCUCUGGGAAAACAGCUUUGCAUUAUGCAGCGGCACAGGGCUGCCUUCCGGCUGUGCAGGUUCUUUGCGAGCACAAAAGCCCCAUAAACCUCAAGGAUUUGGAUGGGAAUAUACCACUGCUUCUUGCAGUACAUAAUGGCCACAGUGAGGUCUGUCGUUUUCUUCUGGAUCAUAGAGCAGAUGUAAAUUCCAGGAACAAAAAUGGAAGAACUGCUCUCAUGCUGGCUUGUGAGAUUGGCAGCUCUAAUAUCGUGGAAGCCUUAAUUAAAAAGGGUGCAGACCUAAACCUUGUAGAUUCUCUUGGACACAAUGCCUUACAUUAUUCCAAACACUCAGAAAGUGCAGGAAUUCAAAGCCUUCUGUUAUCAAAAAUCUCUCAGGAUGCUGAUUUACAGACACCAGCAAAACCAAAGCAGCAUGAUCAAGUCUCUAAAAUAAGCUCAGAAAGAAGUGGAACUCCAAAAAAACGCAAAGCUCCACCACCUCCUAUCAGUCCUACCCAGUUGAGUGAUGUGUCUUCUCCAAGAUCAAUAACUUCAACACCACUUUCGGGAAAGGAAUCGGUAUUUUUUGCUGAACCACCCUUCAAGGCUGAGAUCAGUUCUAUACGGGCAAACAAAGACCGACUAAGUGAUAGCACUACAGGUGCUGAUAGCUUAUUGGAUGUAAGUUCUGAAGCUGACCAACAAGAUCUUCUUGUCCUAUUGCAAGCAAAAGUUGCUUCUCUUACAUUACACAAUAAGGAAUUACAAGAUAAAUUACAGGCCAAAACCCCCAAGGAUGCAGAAGCAGACCUGAACUUUGACUCUUACCAUUCUACUCAAACUGACUUGGCCCCAUCCCUGGGCAAACCUUGUGAAACCUCUCUGCCAGACUCCAAAUCAUCUCCAUCUGUCUUAGCACAUCCCUUGAGCAAGUCCACAAUCAAUAGCGAUGUCAGAAUUCAGCAGCUGCAAGAGAUUUUGCAAGACUUGCAGAAGAGAUUGGAAAGCUCUGAAGCAGAGAAGAAACAGCUACAGGCUGAGCUUCAGUCCAGAAGGACAGAAUCAGUGUGCUUAAACAAUGCCGAGAUUUCAGAGAAUGGCUCCGAUCUCAGCCAGAAACUUAAAGAAACUCAGAGCAAGUAUGAGGAGGCUAUGAAAGAAGUCCUGAAUGUGCAGAAACAGAUGAAACUGGGCCUUGUCUCCCCUGAAAGUGUGGAUAGCUACUCACAUCUCCGUGAGCUAAGGCUCACCGAGGAAGAAAUAGGUGUGCUAAAGCAGGAUCUCCAGAAUGCAUUAGAAGACAGUGAAAGAAAUAAAGAGAAACUGAGAGAGCUGGAAGAAAAACUUGUAGAGAGGGAGAAAGGUGUGGUUAUCCGGCCCCCUGUGGAAGAGUACGAGGAAAUGAAAAGUUCAUAUUGCUCUGUUAUUGAGAAUAUGAAUAAAGAGAAAGCAUUUCUGCUUGAGAAAUACCAAGAGGCCCAAGAAGAAAUCAAGAAAGUAAAAGAUUCACUAAAAAGUCAGAUAACACAGGAGGCUGGUGAUGAAGCUGGGGACAUGAAAGAGGCCAUGAACAGGAUGAUAGAUGAACUCAACAAGCAAGUGAGUGAGCUGUCACAGCUGUACAAAGAGGCCCAGGCAGAGCUGGAGGAUUACAGGAAGAGGAAAUCUCUAGAAGACAUAACGGCUGACUAUAUCCAUAGAGCAGAGCAUGAGAAACUGAUGCAAGUGACAGAUGUAUCCAGAACUAGGGCAGAAGAGGCCCUAUCCGAAAUGAAAUCUCAGUAUUCAAAGGUGUUGAAUGAGUUGACCCAGCUUAAACAACUGGUAGAUGCACAGAAAGAGAACUCCGUUUCCAUCACAGAACAUUUGCAAGUGGUAACCACGCUGCAAAAUUCUGUGAAAGAGAUGGAGGUGAAAGUAAGUGGUCUCAAAGAGCACCUGGCAAGCAAGGAAGUGCAAGUGGCAAAGCUGGAGAAACGGCUCCUGGAAGAGAAGGCAGCAAUGACUGAAGCAAUGGUGCCCAGGUCUGCCUACGAGAAGCUCCAGUCGUCAUUAGAAAGUGAAGUGAGUGUGUUGGCAUCAAAAUUAAAGGAUUCAGUGAAAGAGAAGGAGAAGGCCCAUUUAGAGGUUGUGCAGAUUAGAAGUGAGGUCUCCCAAAUGAAAAGGGAAAAGGACAAUAUUCAGACUCUCUUGAAAUCCAAAGAGCAGGAAGUAAAUGAACUUUUGCAAAAAUUCCGGCAUGCUCAGGAAGAGCUUGCAGAAGUGAAGAGAUAUUCUGAGACCAAUUCAAAACUGGAGGAAGAUAAAGAUAAGAAGAUAAACGAGAUGUCGAAGGAAGUCUCCAAGUUGAAGGAAGCACUGAACAGCCUCUCGCAGCUCUCCUACUCGGCCAGCCCGUCCAAGAGGCAGAGCCCACAGCUGGAAGCGCUGCAGCAGCAGACGAAACAGCUCCAGAGCCAGCUGGCUGAAUGCAAGAAGCAACACCAGGAGGUCAUAUCAGUUUACAGAAUGCACCUUCUUUAUGCCGUGCAGGGCCAGAUGGAUGAAGAUGUUCAGAAAGUACUGAAGCAAAUCCUUACCAUGUGUAAAAACCAGUCCCAGAAGAAGUGAAGUGGAUUCCCUGGCAGGAACUGCCCCCUCACUGUCCAUCCUUGCGGUCGAUCAGGAGUUGUUGGCAAGCACUGCCGCUGUUCUCAUGGUAUGCACCAUGACCUAGCAUAGCUUCUUCCCUUUCCAGAGGCUUCUCUCUGAGGCCUGACUGGCCUCAGACUGUCCUCCUGACAAACUUCAAAGUAGCAGAGGUGAAAGGCCCUGCCAUCCCUUUAGAUUCCAGAGGCAAGAUCAGCCACACCCCAGAGUCUGGUCCUGGUGCUGGCGGGUGGGCGCCCUGGGCACCCUCCCUCCCCAGUACUUGACCAGCCAGAGUGAUGAGUUGACACCUCCACACAGUGAAUGCUGCCUUGGUUCCAACAUGCAGGUGUGCUGUUCAGCACAGGAGGUUGCUUUUUGCCUUUGAUUUCCAAUCCCCAAACAUGUUUGAAUUGCUAACCAAAUUAGAAUGGCACUAGUUAUGCAGUGCAUGUGUGAGACCCUUUGUCAUGAUACCCUGUGGAUUUAAAAACUCCGAUUCCAUCUUUUUCUCCCAUCUGCCUUAUAUAUCACAUUGCCCUGCUGGUCAAUGUUACAGUUUGAUAAGCACUAUUCACUAAAAUACUGAAGUUUAAAACAAAAGCAAAUUGUCCUUGAAAGUUCUUUUUAAGUCAAUUGUUGACACAUUGCAAAUUUUCUAUGCAAACUUGCCUCCUGCUGUUAUCUGUGAAGCUCAGGAAAUCCAAACAUUUGUGUUUCAACAAGGGACAGUGAACUGCAUGUUUACAGCCAAAAGAAAUGCCUCAGUUCUUAACCUCAAUUUUUGAAAGUGUUUUUUUUCUCUCUACAAUAUUUUUAUUGGCUCUUAAAGAUGUUUUCAUAUCUAAAACCCUAAAUAAGUGAAAUUUACAUUAGACUAUAUUAACAAAGUAUUUUUUAGGUAACCAUGCUUAAGACUUUUUAAAGAUAGAACUUUUUCCUCCCAAGUUUUCAGCUAUAGCAAAAGGUAGUUGUGUGUUCUAGGCUCAACCUGAGCUACCACCAACACCCUUAGACUUUCUGCCAUUAUGUCCUCAGAACUGGAGCACAUUUCUGAAGGUAGUACAUCCUUUUUUACCCAUGGAAUAUUUUUGAAUAUCCAGCUCUACCAGUGCCCUUAAAUUAUCCCUGGAAGGACUAUUCGCAGCCAUCAGUUUUUCAACUUUGAAACUUAAAAAUCCUGAUACGUAAACAUUGUGGUGCACAGCAAAGGUCUUGGGGGGAAUAUAUUUCUGUACACUUUACUUUGAGGUUAAAAAUGUUCCUAACUUGCUUGAACCUCCCUUAUGGCACUGAUCCUAUUGAGGGACGUAAAGUGACUACAGAGAUCUCCAGAGUAUAUAACUAAAAAUGCAGGCCUGCUCCGGCAGGGCCCCAUUCCAAAGGGCUGCCUGGGCUGAGGGCGCACGGCCCUCUCGGAUGAUGCGUCAGUCUGUACUGGGGGAAGACCGACAAAGCAAAGCGAAAAUGGUUUCCAGGCUUGGUGUUACGCUUCUUAAGUUGUUUAUAGUAAUGCAAUUCCAAAAAUGCUCCAAAGAAAUGUGAAAGGAUGGUUUGUUGCAGCACUUCAGAAAACAGAACAACCCCCCUCUCCUGCCCCUGCACAGAAAUGCUGCAGAGUAUAAAACCUGAGACAUUUUGAGGAUGCCUGACACAAUGUAGCCUUGUAUCUUAUUUCAGGAUGCAUAUUUAUUACAAGUAUUCUUUCUGGUUAAAUAUUGAAAAGUUGUAUGCUGUAGUUUAGCCUUUUGCCUUUGUAAUUUACAGAACGUAUCACAGAAAAUAAAGUUUUGUUUCAGUUUUGCA